UGUGAAGUAAACAGUAAUAAUAGCUUUUAUUUAAAUAAAUAAACUUUUGGUAUACAAUGUCAUUUGUUUACGUAUUGUGUAAAUAAUUGAUUAUAUAUUUUUUACAUCUUGAACAAGAAUCAAUUAGAAAUACAGCUACUUAAAGCAAGUUAUUGCAUCACUGAGUUACGUAAUUGUAUUUAAGGACAAUAAUUAUGAAGUACUUAUAACAAAAAGCAAUCAAAAUGACCAUACUAUAGGCAAUGUUUUUGAACAAGUAGGUCGUAUAAAUUAUAUAGUAUAUUAUCGUAGCUUUUCUAAGGACAACCAAUAUGAAACAAUAUAAAUGUGUUUCAUUUCUUAAUUUUAGCAAGUAAUUUUUUAUUUUCGUAACCCUCAUUUUGGACUUCAUUCUAUCUUAUCUCACCGAUAAAACGUAUAAUAAAAGUAACACUUGAAGUUUAGUUCAAACAGUACUUUUGUACAUAUUAAACUUUCAUUUUCUUAAAGAUGAAUAUUUUGGGGAUCAAGUUUGCCCCUUUAAACAUCCCUCUCGAACGCCGCUUGCAAACCCUCGCCGCUGGAUGCUGGUUCACAACCUUGGCUUUUGGCACCUUCAUCGGUACCUUCAUCUGGGUAUACUUCUUUUUCACCCGUUUCUGGUACCUCUCCGUCCUUUACGCAACUAUAAUUUACCUUGAGAAAGAUAGAUGUGAAACCGGAGGUCGACCCAUCGAAUGGAUCAGACACUGGAAAUGGUGGUGGUAUUUGAAAAAUUACUUCCCGUGUAAACUAGACUUCGUCCCAGGCUUGACCUUUGACCCAAAGAGGAAUUAUUUAUUUGCCUGUUACCCUCACGGAAUUCUUCCUGCAGGCCCGUUUAACACUAUUGGUAGCCCUUACAGCGAAUUUAGCAAAUUGUUUCCGAAAUUUCAAGUGAGGUUGGUGACUCUGCGUCAACAUUUCUUCAUUCCGUUUCUCCGGGAGAUCGCUUAUGGGACUGGAGGGAUUUCAGCCUCGGCCAAAUCAAUGAACUAUGUUUUGGGGAAUCCUGAAGGAGGGAAUAUUGCUGUGUUGAUGCCAGGGGGCGCAGUUGAGGCCUAUCAUAGUCGGCCUGGACAAUAUAGAAUCGUCCUAAAGAAUAGGAAAGGCUUUGUGAAAUUGGCCUUGAAGAAUGGCUCACCCCUUGUACCUGUUAUUUCUUUCGGAGAGCCGGAAUUGUUUGAUCAAAUUGAGGGAAAAACAUUGAGGAGGAUUCAGGAGUCUAUUAGGAAGUAUUUAGGGCUGGCUCCCGUAAUUUUUUCUGGGAGAGGAUUCUUCCAGUACUCAUUUGGGGUUAUUCCACAAAGGAGUCCAAUUACGACCGUUGUUGGGAACCCAAUUGAAGUUACCAAAACUGAAAAACCAACAAAUGAAGAAGUAGAUGAGUUACACAAAAAGUAUAUGCAAGAACUGGAGAAUUUGUUUGAAGUGUACAAAUACAAAUAUCUGGAGAAUCCGAACGACAUACAUUUAAAAUUUGAAUAAAGACUGUUUUAAAUUUUGUUAUAUAUUUUUAUAAAAUAGGUAUUGUUAUUAAAUAAAUAUAUUUUUUUGCA